CAACGAACGAGUACGACGUGAUUACCCAGGUCCUGCAUGCCAGACUUCUCUCCAUCCCUUUCCCUUGUUUCGUCUCGAAGGAAGCUCUCAUCAAGCUGUUCAGAGAUCCAAGAAACCAUCACUGCGAAGGUGUACGGCGACUGUCCGUGCGCGCGCAAGCGUCAUGGGCGACGACGACGGCGCGAAGGCGGCGUCGGGCGUGAAGCAGAUCGUGCGGCUGCGAGAGCUGCUGCACAGGUGGCAUUUCACGGCGCUGGGUGCGAAGCAGCAGCAGCAGCGGGAGGAGGAGGGCCGUGGCCAUGCCGGCGUGCCGGAGGGGGCGGUGGCGCCGGCGAUCCCGCCGUUCGUGCUGCGGCGGCUGCGGCGCACGGAGACGGCGGACUCGGUGUCGGACGACGAGAGCUGCCACAGCCCGGAGCCGCCGCCGGACGUCCCGCGGGGCUACUGCCCCGUGUACGUGGGGCCCGAGCAGCGGCGGUUCGUGAUCCCCACCAGCUACCUGGCGCACCCCGUGUUCCGGCUGCUGCUGGAGAAGGCCGAGGAGGAGUUCGGGUUCCGGCACCAAGGCGCGCUCGCCAUCCCCUGCGAGACCGAGGCCUUCAAGUACAUCCUCCAGUGCGUCGAGCGCCACGACCAGGGCCUCUCCGGCGGCGGCGGCGGCGACGGUGCGUGCACACGCGUGGGUAAUUCAGCUGUCUGGUGAUCGGGAUGGCUGGCAUGGAAGUGAGGCGGCGAACCACCCGACGACGACCGUGCUGGAGCAAGAACCAGCGGUGCGUCGUGCGUAAAUCCUAGACUAGGUGUUGUGGUGUGGUGUUGUGUUGCACGCUAUUUAUAAUUUUUUUAUCGUAUUGUUUUUUUUUUGGAGAGGAGGGAUUAUUCCUUUGUGCGAUGUGGCUGGAAUCCAACAAAUACGUUUUUGUUGUAAGGUCAAGAAUUCAAAUUGAUCUGUCAGUCUAGCAACUCAAAAAGGUAUUUGGACGAUUGUGAAUUCGAAUUGAUUGAUCUGUCA